UGCAAGUUGGAGUUGCGUUCAGACAUUUCUCAAAGGAGCGAGGAGUGUGUUGGCUAAACUUGAUUUAAUGUGAAAUACUCAAGAGCAUGGGGACGGAAUCGAGAAGCCCGGGUACUGAUCAGUCAGACGCUUGGGAAGAUCAGGAGAUGGUGGUGAAUAUUGGCGGCGUGCGGCAUGUUCUGUACGGGGAUGUUUUGAACCGAUACCCGGAGAGCAGGCUGGCGAAACUGCUCAACUGCAGCGGCUACGAAGCGAUCUUCGCCCUUUGCGAUGACUACGAUCCCAGCAAAGGAGAGUUCUACUUCGACAGAGACCCAGAUUCUUUCAAAUGUGUCAUGGACGCUUACUAUUUCGGGGAAAUCCACAUGAAGAAAGGGGUUUGCCCCAUUUGUUUCAAAAAUGAGUUGGACUUCUGGAAGAUCGAAGUGGACUUUUUGGACGAAUGUUGCAAAUGCCUCUUAGGCGAAAAAAAUGAAGAGUUGGAAGAAAUCGCAAAACAAGUGCAGCUUAUUUUGGCCGACCGGGGCAAAUCGGCUGACAGCUGUUGGGGGAAAUCUCAGAAAUUCCUCUGGAAACUGAUGGAAAAACCCGACUCGUCCUGCCUGGCCAGAGUGGUUGCAGUUCUGUCUUUUCUGUUCAUCUUGAUUUCAUCCGUGGUGAUGUGUGUUAGCACCAUCCCUGAUCUCCAAGUGACUGAUGAGGAAGGGAGUCCGGUGGAGCAUCCAGUGCUCGACUGUAUCGAGACUGCUUGUAUCGGCUGGUUCACCGCCGAGUAUGUGCUCAGGUUGAUGGCAGCCCCCAACAAGCUCAAAUUUGUCCUGUCUUUCAUGAACAUCAUCGACGUGCUCACCAUUCUGCCUUUCUACGUGAGCCUAAUCUUGACCACAGUCGGGGCUUCCCUCAUGGAGCUGACUAAUGUGCAGCAGGCGAUCCAGGCCCUUCGGAUCAUGCGAAUAGCGCGGAUUUUUAAACUUGCGCGCCACUCUAGCGGUCUCCAAACACUCACGUACGCACUGAAGAGAAGCUUUAAAGAACUGGGUUUACUGCUCAUGUACCUGGCAGUUGGCAUUUUCGUUUUUUCCGCUUUGGGCUUCACCAUGGAACAAAGCCACCCCGAAACCCUCUUCAAAAGUAUCCCCCAGUCCUUUUGGUGGGCGAUAAUUACCAUGACCACUGUUGGAUACGGGGAUAUUUACCCAAAGACAACACUGGGGAAACUCAACGCGGCGAUUAGUUUCCUCUGCGGCAUAAUAGCCAUCGCACUGCCGAUCCACCCUAUCAUCAACAAUUUUGUUCGCUAUUACAACAAGCAAAAGGUCUUGGAAACGGCUGCAAAACACGAACUCGAACUAAUGGAGUUGAAUGCUAAGAACGGAGAGAGUGGACUUUCCGGAAAAGAACAUAUAGACAUUGUGGUCACGAAAACCAACAGCAAUAGCAACCUUUCGCUGAGUAACAGUCUGCUAAAUUCUUACAACGACACUUUCAUUCCGCUUCUGCCAGAGGAAAAAUUGCAUCGAAAUAGGCUUCAAAGCUGCAAGUGA